AUGACAUCUAACUUGGCAGAGGCCAUAAACUCUGUACUAAAGGCAACCAGAAAUCUUCCAAUCAUUGCUUUGGUCCUAUCUACAUACUAUCGAAUGGGUUCACUCUUUGGUAAACGGGGGCACAAAUGGACCAAAAUGCUAUCUACAGGGAAAGUUUUUACAGAUGGUUGUAACAAGGGAAUGACUGAUGAGGUAGCCAAGGCUAACACACACAAUUUCAUGCAAUUUUAUUGCGAAAGAUUAUGUUUCAUGGUGCAGGAAAAAAUUAAUCAACACGAUGGUCGUCCAACGGGUACUUUCAGCAUUGACCUGAGGAAUUGUUUGUGUGACUGUGGAAAAUUUCAAGCAUUUCACUUGACUUUCUCCCACGUGAUCGUGACAUGCUAUAGCAUACAACAAAACUACACAAUUCACAUUCCAGAGGUCUUCACAGUACUCAACGUAUUCAAAGUCUACAAAGAAAGCUUCCUGGGACUACCGUACGAGGAGAACUGGUCAAAAUAUGAAGGUUUUACUCUAUGUCACGACGAUUCCAUGAGAAGAAAUAAAAAGGGACGUCCAACUAGUAGUAGAAUUAGAACUUAG